AUGAGCAACAUGGAAGAAAAUGCGAUUCGCAGUACAUUUCCAUCUGUCAACAUUCAAUGGCGUCUUUUUCAUGUACUGACAGCAAUGUCACAGCAAGUACGAGCAAAGCUUGUGCUUGAAAGUCUACCAGAUAGCAAAAGAGCGCAUCAGCCAGCUAUCUUACAACUGAAGGGGAUGAUGUGGAGAACAGCAAAGCUGAAUAUACCAGAAAGCUCAGCAUAUACCCAGCAUUCAUGCUCUAUUUCAAGAACAACUAUUUGGAUAACGGCAGAUUCAUUAAGUGGACAAGAGCACAGCCAGCUCAAGACUAGUUAUUUGCAAAGAGGAAGAAAUAGAAGAGUUGACAGACUGGUGUAUAUUCUGGUCAAUGACGUUGAAGAAGACUUUCUAAGCAACAUAAAUCGUAUCAGAAUGAAUGUUGUAAGAAUAGGACCUGAAGCAAGAGAAGCAAGAAGAAGGGAGCUUGAAGCUGAAGAGGCCAGCAUCCAUGUGGCAAUGGACAUGAAUUCUGAAGUAGAAAGAACUAGCUUGUACAAUAUUCAGUCGUUCAACAAUGCAGACGAAACUUAUGAAGUUCGUGUUGAAAAUGAUACGCAUAUGUUCUUUCUGGGAUGUUGUACUGAAUAUGAUGUUUGGAGAGGCCCAAGUUAUACUGAAGUAUCAAGCAUUGAAGGAUUGCAGCCUGAACCUGAACCUGAACUGCUAAGGGAGCAAGAAAAUACGGUGCAAAAGUUGAAGAUGUUGAAAGAAGUUGUAGAGAAUCUAAGUCCUGACGAAGUUACCAGUUCGUGGAAGCUUCAGGUUGCACAGAUUUAUAAAGAAGUUGUAUUAAGAAGUAAUCAAGUAGAAGAAUUACCAUCAAACAUUCAUUUAGAAAGACAGAAGAUAAAUUAA